AUGGCCCUGGCGGUGUUGCUGAGGAGGAGGAGCCACCGAAACGUUUGUGGGUACAGCCAUCGCUGCCGGGACGAGAUGAAGGCCGUUAACGUGGUCAAGGUCAAUUAUGGGCAUAAAGCCCAAGACGACUGCUCAGCCAGCAACAGUCGUGGCCGCAGCCGACGGGGGACUUGCAGCUUCCCUGGACCAAUGAACCCGGUCGCGGACGGGCCGUCAGGCAAGGCAAAGCAGCUGCAGUCAGGCAGCGAAAAGCUCUACGCGCAGCGACAAUUACAGGACUGCCAACACCGGGCAGACAGCGCUUCCGAGCAGCGCGGUCGGCACCUGGUUCGGUUGAUGGAGGGCGACGACGUCCGCCUGGCCAUGCAGGCGCUGCAGCUCGCGGCCCAGAUCCACGACCAGAUUUGGGGACAGCGUGGGGCCGACGCCGGGGACGAAGAACCCCCGGGACGCCGACAAGAGGCGCUGCUCGAGGCGGCCAGCCCUCUGUACGACACAGCCAUGGCGGCAGCCCGCGCCAUACAGCACCGUGCCCUACAUUCUUUGGUCAAACAGGCCGUACGGCGUUAUGUCAAUCCGUUCCGCGGCUCGCCGGACGACGUCCUGAGGGUCAUCCUGGAGUUGCUGACGGGAUGCGGCGGCGGAGCCGCUGCAGCGCCGGUGUUGCUGCCAUCAGGAAAGGCAGCAGCAGCGGCAGCAGCAGCAGCGGCAGCAGGAAACCGAGUAACAUCUCGCUGCCUGAGCGACGUCGGCAGCGGCAACAGGGGCUGCUUUAGGGAAAGUACCCCCGAGCAUGGAUGGCAACCAUCGUCGCAAUCAUCAUCUCCCUCUUUGGACCACAGCGAUGGCCUCUCUAUGGUUAGCAGUAGCAGCAGCAGCAGCAGCCGGCGCAGCCCCAACUGCCGCCACCAGCGCGUCAGCUUCGGGAGCAGCCCAGGCAGCCGGUACAGUGCUCGGAGCAGUUUGGACAGCAACGGCAGUCGCGAUUCAUCCUCCCUUGGGGACAUGCAAGCGCGUUUUGAAUGUCCGUGUCAGUAA